AAGGUUGUAACAUUUCUGUCACGAUUUGUUACAGUGUUAUCUUUAUGAACAUGUAAAACGCCGAGUGUUUACUACAGACAAUAUUACUUAUAGGACUAACAAUGAAAUAUUAUUCUGAAAUAAUAUAUUUGUUUCUCGCCAUAAUAUGUCUGGUAAAAAUUGACGACGUUCUAUGUUACCGGUGUCACGUGAACAAUGAUGUGACUGAUUUAGAUUGUGGGAACGCAUUUAACAUGUCUUGUAAAGGGGUUGCACAUAUUCCUCAUUGUACCCAGUUUACUACAGACCCGGCUGUGCAAAUGAAUGGGGUUUGCUCUUGUGAGAAAUUUUGUUUUACGGACUUGGAAUGUGCGCAAGGAUGCAAGGCCCCUUACGUCGGAAAAUGUUUAGAAGGAUAUCACUUGAGUAUUGAGAAGAUCUGCUUGUGUGAAAUAAGUACGUGAUGGGAAAGGGUAUGAUGUCUAGACAAAUGAGUUUAAAACAUUACUGUUAUAACUUGUUACAAUAAAAUGAUGUCAAAUCUUCA